GGAACCAUAGGCUCCUUCGUCAUCGUAAGCAGCUGACUCAUAACCUAAUUGUUCCAUUCCAGCCGUUUCAGACACCCGCCAUUUCAGAAUCGAGGCCUCUCCGCUGCAUGUGCCUGUCCCCUAAUUAUCAGCAUUGUGCUUAUCUCCAGUGACCGUUGCAUUGGACUCAUUUUGUUGUCGUAUCAAGCAGUUGAAUAGUACGACGUCACGUCUGUGACGUCGAGUCACCGAUUCUGAACGUACAAGAAGCUUCUCGGACGUGAGAAAACGCUGUACCGCGCUGGGACGUCGGAUGACGUCGUUGUUCUUACACUUUAUACUCGCCCUUAGCUCCCUCACAAGCACGCUUACAUCAUAAGGUCCUAAUAUUUAAUUUAUUCUUUCUACCGCGUUCAUUAAUGGGAUGGGUAUCGCUUUCGUCGUACUGUUGACGUCUAGCUGACUCGACCUGGACCAGAAUUUCUUUCCUCGAUAGCAUACCUUUCGUUGCGUCUAGAUUCAUUGAACAUGGCGGCCGAUCUGACGUCCGACAUUAGGGUGCUGGUGGGGAUGCGCGACGACGAGCACUGCCGGCAGGCGUUAGAAUGGACGAUCAGAGAAUUCAGCCGGCGGAAAGACAAAACCGUCUGCCUCCUGCUGACGCACGUCGUCACCGAGCUCCGCAACUCAGCGGGCAAUGUGGUGCGCCUAUCGGAGGCGGACGGCCCGAGCGUGGCGGUGCACAUCUGCGACCGCGUGCUGCCGCUCCUGGAGGCCAUGCAGGACGUCAGCGACGACGCGGGGCUACCUUCAACGGUGCACGUGAUCAAGAACGAGGACACGGGAGCCGCCAUUCUCGAGGCAGCAUCGAAGCUGGAGGCCACCCACAUCGUGCUCGCCUCUGCUGCUGCUAAAGCUGCCAGCCAGUGGCACACCAUCAACGUGUGCUCAGACGAAUCGAAGCUCCCACCGGGGGCGACGCUCUUUGUGAUUGAAGAUGGGAAGAAGCUCAGAACCAUCACCUCGGGCCAGCCACCUGCUGCCACCUCUACCGUCACAGCGGGGUACGCCACGCCAGCGUUCCAGCAGCAGCUCCCAGGCAUACAGGAGGGGGGCAGCGGCACACAUGAGUCCUCCCUGGCUCCGACUCCCGCCCCUGCCCUGCUGCCGCUGGGGGUGGGGGAGCAGCGGCAGCAGCAGCAGGUGCAGGGAGUGCUCCAGGAGACGAGGGGCUCUCCGCCUUAGAGCUAGCCCGGCGCAACUACCGCCUACAAGCAGCUGCUAAGGCCAACGCUGAGGGGG